AUGUCUGACAGUAUAAUAACUGAAAAAAAAGAAAGUUUUUCAAAAAUAUUUGAUACUCUGGAAGAGUUUGAAUGUUUUGUAGCUACUAGCAGAAAAAGAAUUAGAGACGCUGAUUAUUUAGAUAGAAAAUUGGUUAUUUCAGAUUCAACUGAAUUUGAAAAACAUUUUGAGAAUCUUAGUGAGGCAAUAGCUCGUUUAUUACCUUAUCAUACAUUUUAUGUUGAGGAAUUAAAACCUCAAAAAAUAGAAGAGGAAGAUUUGGUUAAAUGUCAUAGAAAAAAGAGAAUAAAACAAAUAAAACAAGAAAUUCUUCAAAGAAAUCUUCAGAAUUCAUCAUCAAUAUUUAAUGCAACUAAAUAUGGUCUAAUUAGAGUUAUUCAUUCAUCUAUUGUUAUGGAAUUAGAAAGACACAAAAAAGAAUUAUCACAAUUACAAGCUUUAGAAUUAGCAUGGAAAUACCCUAUUGAAAAUAAUAAUGUACAGUUACAAACAAAACAUAUAAAUGAUAAUUCUCAUAUUCAUAUGAAUCCAUACAGUACUACAAAUUCAAUUUCAUAUUAUAAUAAUUCAGCAUAUAAUCGAGAUAUUAUACAAGGCAAUAAUGAACAAAAUUCCACAAAUGAAUCUAGGGUAGAACUAACUGAAGAUAGUGUUGAUAUAGAUAAUGAAUCUGACUUUGCUGGUACAGACAAUAAUAGCAAUUAUUCAACAUUAUAA